CUUUCAUCUUAUUGGGGCUGUGCUGAGCAUGCGCACGCGAUGGGCUUGCUCUUGCUGUCGCCGCCGCCGCCGCCCGAAAGAAAGCGAAGGUUUCGGCGCUUAAAGCGGCCGGACCGCGAGUGAGGGAGAUUGUCUGGCUCAUCCGCCUCAGUGGUCUAUAGAGGCAUUUCCUGUUCUUGCAUUAGCAUUUUACAUUGACCACAUGGCUCCCUUUUAUUUCAACAUAACUUGGUGGUUGGACUUCUCUUGCAGAAUCUGACAACAGCACAAAUAAAAUGGCUGCUAAUAAAACAAAAAAUCAGAGUUCUCUGGCUCUCCACAAAGUAAUCAUGGUUGGUAGUGGAGGUGUGGGCAAAUCAGCACUUACACUUCAGUUUAUGUAUGAUGAGUUUGUUGAAGACUAUGAACCUACUAAAGCUGAUAGUUACAGAAAGAAAGUUGUUCUUGAUGGUGAGGAAGUCCAGAUAGAUAUUCUGGAUACUGCAGGACAAGAAGAUUAUGCAGCUAUUCGAGACAACUACUUCCGUAGUGGAGAGGGUUUUCUUUUGGUUUUCUCUAUAACUGAGCCUGAAUCUUUUACAGCAACAGCAGAGUUUAGGGAGCAGAUCCUACGUGUGAAAGCUGAAGAGGACAAAAUACCUUUACUUGUGGUGGGAAAUAAAUCUGAUUUGGAAGAUCGUAGACAAGUGCCUGUCGAAGCAGCUAGAAGUAAAGCAGAGGAGUGGGGUGUACAAUAUGUAGAGACAUCGGCAAAAACCAGAGCAAAUGUGGAUAAGGUAUUCUUUGAUCUAAUGAGAGAGAUUAGAGCUAAGAAGAUGUCAGAAAACAAGGAUAAGAAUGGCAAGAAAAGUGGCAAGAACAAGAAGAGUUUUAAAGAAAGAUGCUGCUUAUUGUGACCUUUAAAGAAACAUACAUUUAGGCUGCAGAAUUAACAAGACAUUUGCUGUCAAAGGGAGAGGACUGGAUGAAUGAGAAACUUGGAUCCAAUAAGUUUUUCCACUCACGUAGUAGCCUUUUUGAAAGUGCAGAAUUUGAUUAAGAGUUGAAGUCCAUCUAAUCUAUGUGCAUUGAAAGGGAUGAUUUUUGAAAGCAACAAUAUGAAUGCUAAGAAAUUGUCAGCAAUUUUUUCAUUUGGUUAUAAUCUCUUUACUUGAUAGUUGUCUGGUUACUCUGAAUUUACCUCCUGAUGUUGCUUCCAGCAACACUCCCUCUACAGACUUACCAGCUUUUUCAAGUGGCUAAUUUUCAUUGAAAUUCAGCCAAAGUUGCCUGCCUUUCCCAAGUGGCUUCAGUUUUGGUGCUCAUUAUGAAGACAUAGGCCUUUAGCCAUUCUUUAAAAAGGGAAAUUUAAAGACAUACUGAAAUAUUCUUGGUCUUUGACAUUUGCACGCAACUAUGCUGAAUAGGUCAUAACUACUAUUUUGCCAAAAUGUUGGAUGAACAAUAUAAAGACUUCGUCAUUUUAAAAACAAAAAACAUUUCUUCAGUAUUCCUGAGUUCAUCCCAUAAUUGGUGGUUAUAUAUGGGCAAGCUGUACUUCCAACUUAUUUCUAUCUUAAUUUUAGCAUUUUAUUGGGGAUAAAUGGGUAAUGUGUCUUCUAAUGUGGCAGAGUUCAGAACUUUACCCUAUUCAGUAACCCCAGCCUGUCUGAUAAAACUAGAUUUCUGUUUUUCUCUCAGAUUUGCAGAUUCAAUUUAUAGCAUUGCAGUGGUUUGUAAUCAUGUACUGAAGCUGUAGAAAUUGCUGAUUUCUUCUAGUGUUUAACAGCAAAAGUCUUUUGUAAUGAAAUGUGAGGACUUGCACUGUGAAAUCUCAUGAGUUUGAUCCUGUCUUAUUUCACAACAAGUGGUCAUCUGUUGAGAGGACAAUCUACCAGUAUUUUUUUCUGCACAGACAUUCUUAUAGAUUAAUUGUAAUUAUGAAAAUUCAAGUGGCUGGUGCAGAAAAUAUUCCUAGUGGAUUGUGCCUUACAGAUUUUUUUAAAUACUUAACUGUGUUAAGCUCUUCCCACCCAGGUAAUGAGUUAUUGAUGUCCUUGUAAUGUAAAGUUGCAUUCCCAAAUAUUAUUACCAUUGCUUAGAAAUUGUGGAGGUGGGGAUGGGGAGAUUAAAGCAAGGAAAGUGGACAAACGUUUCAUGUCUUUAUAAUUAGCUUUUAAAAGAAGACACCUGAGUUUAUUAUGUGCAGUUGCCAAAACCCCGUAUUGCUAUUGCACAGAUUGUACUAAUUCUGCUGCUGGAAAACUUUUUUACAGUUAUUCAUUCAUUAAAUAAUGGAAAAGGUCUGUAAAGGCAGCUAAAUAUACACACUAAAGAA